AUGGCAGGCGGUGUCAGUGUCCGCGACGUAGAAGCGCGCAAAUUCAUAGAAGCCUACUCCGCAUUCUUGAAACGACAGGGUAAAUUGCAAAUACCAGGCUGGGUCGACACCGUGAAAACAUCACCCUCGAAAGAAUUACCACCACAAUCAAUUGACUGGUUCUACACCCGUGCCGCAGCCGUAGCACGCCACAUCUACCUCCGCAAAACUGUCGGUGUCGGCCGCCUUCGAAAAGUCCACGGCAGCACCAAAAACCGCGGUUCGGCGCCCUCCCAUCAUGUCGAUGCGUCCGGGUCUGUGGAUAGGAAAGUGAUGCAGGCACUGGAGAAGAUUGGCGUGCUUGAGCAGGAUGAGGAGAAGGGCGGACGGAGAAUCAGUCAGAGCGGCCAGAGAGAUCUGGAUCGUAUUGCGCAGACGACGCUGCAGGAAGAAGAGGGGAGUGAUGACGAGUAG